UUACACGUCAUCCAAAUGACGCCCUCUUUAAGUUAAAAAAAUAUUUACAAAUUGACGAUAUGUUGAAGAUUUGCUGGCAUAAAUCAACAAUUUAUUAGAUUACCAAUUUUAAUAAAAUAUUCUCAAUAAAUCAUCAAUAAUUCAAGAUGGUAUUAAUUGCCUCAGCAGUAUGCACAAAGUCUGGCAAAACUUUAAUAUCUCGACAGUUUGUUGAAAUGACUAAAGCCAGAAUUGAAGGUCUUCUAGCUGCAUUUCCAAAAUUAAUGAGUUCUGGUAAACAACAUACAUUUGUUGAAACAGAUUCAGUUAGAUAUGUUUAUCAACCAAUGGAAAAGCUAUACAUGUUACUCAUCACAACAAAAGCUAGUAAUAUACUUGAGGAUCUUGAGACAUUACGUUUGUUUGCAAAAGUUAUACCAGAAUAUUGUAAAUCACUUGAUGAAAAUGAAAUAGCAGAAAAUGCAUUUAAUUUAAUAUUUGCAUUUGAUGAAAUUGUUGCACUUGGUUAUCGUGAAAAUGUUAAUUUAGCACAAGUACGUACAUUUGUAGAAAUGGAUUCUCAUGAUGAGCGUGUUUAUCAAGCUGUCAGGAAUUCACAAGAACGUGAGGCGAAAAAUAAAAUGCGUGAAAAAGCUAAAGAAUUACAACGACAACGUAUGGAAUCAAGUAAAAAAGGUGGUUCUAAAAGUUCUGGUUUUGGUGGUGGCUAUGGCAACAAUAGUAGUAGUUUUACAUCAAAUUCAAACGUUGGUGAUACUGCAAAUUAUAUUCCUGAAGCACCAGCUAAAACAACAUCAACACCAUCACAAAAAACAACAGCAGCUGGUCCUGGUGCUAUGAAAUUAGGUGGUAAAGUACGUGAUAUUGAUUCAUUCGUUGAUCAAUUAAAUGAGGAAGGUGAAAAUAUUAAAAGUAUUACAUCGUCAAAUAAUACAAAUGUCAUAUCAACAACAUCAACAACAACACCACAAAUAAUAAAUAAUGAACCAGUACAUUUGAAACAAGAAGAAAAAUUAAGUGUACGUCUUGGUCGUGAUGGUGGUGUACAAAAUUUCGAACUUCAUGGUUUAAUAACACUUCAUAUCACUGAUGAAAGAUGGGGAAAAAUACGUGUACAGUUGGCAAAUAAUGAUACACGUGGUAUACAAUUACAAACACAUCCAAAUGUUGAUAAAGAUUUAUUUAGAACACAAGGACAAAUUGGUCUCAAAGUGCCAACAAAACCAUUCCCAAUAAAUACUGAUGUUGGUGUUCUCAAGUGGAGAUUGCAAUCACAAGAUGAAACAUCAUUGCCAAUCUCGAUCAAUUGCUGGCCAUCAGAAAAUGGUGAAAAUGGAUGUGAUGUUAAUAUUGAAUAUGAAUUGGAACAAGCUGAUCUUGAAUUAAAUAAUUUACAAAUAAAUAUUCCACUACCAAUGGGCUGUAAUCCAAUUGUCAAUGAAUGUGAUGGUGAAUAUCAACACGAAGCACGAAAAAAUAUGCUUGUAUGGUCUUUGCCAAUUGUUGAUGCAUCAUCUAAAUCUGGAUCAUUGGAAUUUUCAGCUCCAUCAUCUAAACCAUCUGACUUCUUUCCUCUCUCAUUGUCAUUUACAUCUCAAACUCCUUACGCUAAAAUCAAGAUUGUUGAUGUGUCUACGGUGGAUGAUCAAAGUCCUGUUAAACAUACAGUUGACGUUGUAUUUUUUACAGAAAGUUACGAAGUUGUGUAAUUUUUUUACAUUUUAUAUUUUAAAUUU